ACUUUAGAUACAUUUGCACUUUAUUUAGAGUCUCUGAUGUCGCAGCACAGCACCCGAGGCGAUAAGUAUGGUGUGCCCUGCGGACUUCCCCUAUGUCCACACAGACGGCGCUUACUGGUGUGCGACAGCUUUCAAUAGUUUCAUUACUCCCGAAUCGAUCGAUAAAUCCAGCCCGAGUCGCCAAGGCAAUAAUUUCACGCCAUGUCCUGAUGCAACGGAUUACGAAAAUGCUGUCGGCACCCUAAUCAAAACCGUUCCGGAUGUUCUGCAAUCAGACGCGGCACCAAAUGUGAUGGAAACUACAACCACUACCUUCGUUACCGAUGCGGCUUCAGUAGAAGUGAGUGAAGCCCAGACGACCGGUACCCCAUGUCCUGCAGACUUCCUCUGUGCGUACUAUAACGGCGCUUGUUGCUGCGCAACCGGAUUGAGCAACUUCAUCGAGCCUCAACCGAUUGAUUCCACCAGCCCAAGUUGCCAGGGCAACAGUUUCACGCCAUGCCCCAAUGGAACUGACUAUGUCAAUGCGUUUCCUAGGUUUCUUGAUGAAGCAGUGGAGGUCUAUGUGUGAACAAAGAAGGUGGAUAUGCAUAAUUCCUGUGAUGCGUACCAUAUUAACAGCCGGACCACGACAUAAAAGGGUUAAAGAAUCUUUGGCCGCGCCAUGUCUACCACAUUGUCUGGACUGGCAUUUGUAGAGCGCGCCACAGGAAGUGCAGCGCAACUCAAUGAUGUAUUUAGUUAAACUACUGGUAGUCUCAGGCGGCGGCAUCAUGAACCAUGAUUAUACUCGUAUAAAUUUUGAACGAUUGAAAUAUUUAUAUAUAUUGAUUAGCUGGUUGUCCUCCUCUAAAAAACAAUUGCAAUUCACAACUUGUUGAAGCUUAUGUCGUUUAAUUUAAAG